CCGCCCCACCAGGGUGCCGGCACUGAUUCUCCCUCCCGCCCCCCGGGGUCCCGGCACUAGUCCUCUGCGCCGCCCCCCCGGGGUCCCAGCACUGGUUCUCCGCACCGUCCCCCCAGGGUCCCGGCGCUGGUCCCAACGCUGCCCCCGUACCAGCCCCGCACUGCACCUCGCCCGCCUCAGGGUCCCGCCGACCGCGAGCUCCCGCGUCCCUGGAGAUCGCGGUGUCCCGAAGCCUCAGCUAGGACUGCAGUCACGCAGUGUGCGGUGCCGGGGCCGUGUCGGAAUUCUGUUUAACAGUGAUCAUCAGCUAAAAUUAUGGCCACUGCCAGUGGUGAGGUGCACCAUCCUGUAGAUCCCGGAAUCUCAAAGCUGCAGUUUGCUCCCUUCAGUAGUGCCUUGGAUGCAGGAUUCUGGCACGAACUAACCCAGAAGAAACUCAAUGAAUACCGACUGGAUGAGACCCCCAAAGUUAUCAAGGGAUACUAUUACAAUGGUGAUCCUUUGGGUUUGCCAGCUCGCUUGACAUUGGAGUUUAGUGCCUUUGAUAUGAACGCUUCGAUACCAGCCCGUUGCUGUCCUGCUUUUGGAACGUUGUAUAAUACCAACACUUUUGAGACGUUCAAAUCCUGUGAUAAGAAAUCACUUCUGGAAAAAGAAGCCAAUGAGAUAUGGGAAUCCAUAAAAUCUGGAGCUGCUCUUGAAAACCCCAUGCUCUUGAACAGGUUUCUACUGCUGACGUUUGCAGAUUUAAAAAAGUAUCACUUCUAUUACUGGUUUUGUUACCCUGCUCUCUGCUUCCCCAGUGGAAUACAUAUAAUUCAGAAACCGGUGUGUCUUGGUGAGAGGUUCUCAUUAAAUCAGAUUCAAGCACUUCAGAAAGCAUAUGAUGACCUUUGCCAGAAAGAGGGAGUUACAGCCCUGCCUUAUUUUUUAAUCAAGUAUCACGACAAUUCUGUCAUGAUAUCUCUAUUGAAAAAGUGGGAUGGUUUCUUUCAAGACCAAGGGGGAAAGGUGACGGUUGGAGUUUAUGAUCCAUGUAAUUUAUCCCAAUAUCCAGGAUGGCCACUGAGAAAUUUCCUGAUCUUGGCAGCCCACAAUUGGAGCAACAUUCUCCAGACAGUUGAAGUGCUCUGCUUCAGAGACAGGACCAUGCAAGGGGUGAGGGACAUAACACACAGCAUUAUCUUUGAAAUAAAACUUCCAGAGAAACCCCUUGGCCCAGAUUGUCCAAAAGCUGUUGGAUGGGAGAAAAACCAAAAGGGAGGCAUGGGUCCGAGGAUGGUGAAUCUCAGUGAGUGCAUGGAUCCAAAAAGGUUAGCAGAAUCAUCUGUGGAUCUUAAUUUGAAAUUGAUGUGCUGGCGUUUGGUGCCUACUCUGGAUUUGGAAAAGAUUGUGUCUGCCAAGUGUCUGCUGCUAGGAGCUGGUACACUGGGUUGUAGUGUUGCAAGGACCUUGAUGGGCUGGGGAGUCAGGAAGAUCACAUUUGUGGACAAUGCAAAGAUCUCCUACUCCAACCCCGUGCGGCAGCCGCUGUACGAGUUUGAGGACUGUCUGAGUGGGGGGAAGCCCAAGGCACUUGCAGCAGCAGACAGGCUACUGAAAAUCUUCCCAGGAGUGAGCUCAGAAGGCUAUAACAUGAGCAUCCCUAUGCCAGGUCACCCAGUGAAUUUUUCUGAGGUAACAAUGGCACAGGCUCGGAAGGACGUGGCUAAACUUGAAGAGCUUAUUGAUACUCAUGAUGUUGUUUUCCUACUGAUGGACACUAGAGAGAGUCGAUGGCUUCCUGCUGUCAUUGCAGCCAGUAAGAGGAAGUUGGUCAUCAAUGCUGCCUUGGGAUUUGACACUUUUGUUGUUAUGAGACACGGCCUAAAGAAACCAAAACAGCAAGAGUCUGGUGAUUUGUGUUUCAGCAAUGCUGCUGGUCCUUCUGAUCUUUUGGGAUCGUCACUCUUUUCAAAUAUCCCUGGCUAUAAACUGGGCUGCUACUUCUGCAAUGAUGUUGUGGCACCAGGGGAUUCCACCAGGGAUCGGACACUGGACCAGCAGUGCACAGUCAGUCGCCCUGGAUUAGCCAUGGUAGCUGGAGCCCUUGCAGUGGAAUUAAUGGUUUCUGUUUUACAGCAUCCAGAAGGCGGUUAUGCUGUGGCCAGCAGUAGUGAUGAUAGAAUGAAUGAGCCCCCUACUUCUCUUGGACUUGUUCCUCAUCAGAUCCGAGGAUUUUUAUCAAGAUUUGAUAAUGUUCUUCCAGUCAGCCUGGCAUUUGAUAAGUGCACAGCCUGCUCAGCCAAGGUCCUUGAACAGUAUGAGCGAGAAGGGUUUAAUUUCCUAGCUAAAGUUUUUAAUUCUUCACAUUCCUUCUUGGAAGAUUUGACAGGUCUAACUUUAUUACACCAGGAGACACAAGCUGCAGAGGUACAGUCAUUCCAACAACUCAAGUGCUGUGCCCUGAAAAUGGCCUUUUCAGCUCUAAAGCACUUUAAGAUCUGGGACAUGAGUGAUGAUGAAACAAUCUGAAAUCAGCUGGAUAAGGAGGAAGAUGACCUGGACUGCAGCCCUGCCUUUAUCUGUUACCUGACAAGUUAAUGAUUGCUUACCCAUUCUGACUGCUGCAAAUACAAAUAUAAUCCACAUUUUGACAUUAAUAACUUCACCUUAAAAGCAGUCUGUUAUGGACAGAACUCUCCAUGUUUUCAUUUUUAUUUCGUAAAUAACCAAAGCAGUGUGGUUACGUUUAAACUCGGUCUUUUUUUUUUUUUUUGUUAGUUUCUAAAUAUGGCUUACGUAUAAAAUACACUGCUUAAAUAAGCUUUGGAGGUUUAUUUGUCCCAGUUUUUAUUUUGCUUGUCAGUGGACACGUGGAAGCAAGCAUGUCUUUUUUCAUCUUUCCCAGAUUUGUGCCCCUUUAGUUGGAAUCUGUUGUUAAGACUGAGCAUGUUCUGCUACUGGGAAUUAAACUUCAUCUUUAAAGGAGGGUGGGAGUGGGGAAGAACCCACACCUCCUGCUUCCACCAUAUUGCUUUUGUCUCCAAGCACAUAUUUAGAGUACAGUUGUUCUUGAUGUGUCAGUGCAGGUGUUAUUCUCUGUAAAGAUCUCAUCAUUUCAUGCUAUGGCAACAAUGUAGUUUGACUUAUUUUGCACAGAAAAGACCAGAAUGCAAUUUUUAUGAUGAUGAAGCUUUCCUGAAGUUCAGAGAAGGCUCUGUUAAUGUAGUAAAAAAAAAAGUGUUUUAGGGGGUAGAUCACUGAUUCAGUCAAAACUUCUAGAAAAAUACUUAAAUGAAAUAAGAAAUUGGUUCUCUGACUUUGCUGUUCUUGGAUGUGGACCUCCAGUACUUCAUAGGUGUUAAAAAGGAGCAAUUGUGAGAUUUAUUUUUUUUAUUCAUUUAAGUCUUUCCAUUUUUACAGCAUCAAGAAUGGUUCUAGAGAUUAUGGCUGAGCACAAACAGUAGUUUGAGAAUCCUCAAGUUUAACAGAUAACUUGAGGAAAAGGACUUUUAAAAUAUCAAAGUAAAUUACUACAAAAUUGAAUCUAUUGCUUUUAACAUGGAAUAGGUUUUAGAAGGAUAUUUGAAAUCUCUUUUAUAGCUUUAUAUUGUGGGGGUUAUGGGCUAACUCACUAAGAAGAAGUGCAAAUCGCCUUAUCUGUUAAGCAGUCUCUGUUUCCCAUAUAUGUUAUGAAAAGUAGUUGCUCAAUCCAAUUAUUUAGGUCCUUAAAAUAAACUCUGAAUAUUUUUUGUAGAGAAUUUCACAGCUUCUCUCUGUGCCACAUCAGAAGUUCAUUCAGGUCAAGGAUAUCUGCAACUCCCAUAUUCUGACCACAAAAGAAGAUUUAUUGAAACGUGCUGGGGUUUGCACCAAGUGUCUAAAUUAGCAAUUAUUUGUACUUAUUUUAACUAUCAUAUUCAUAUAUUUACAUGAUUUUUCAUGUAGUGUAGUGUCUAGUUUAAUUAACUUCAUUGUAAUAUAAAAAUAUAUAUUAAUGCAAUAUAUUUUUGAAAGGCUAGUAAUGAUAGCAAUCUGAUCUUUAGGAGGUCAGGCGCUGAACACUGAGAUUGAUAACAUUCCAUGUAAAUUUUUAAAGCAGUUUGUUAAAUUGUAUAAUUAGUUUGGAGCUCAAAUGACUCCCAUGUUGUUAUCCAUGCCAUUGUCCAACUGGAGCCAUGGAUUGGUAGCCGGGUAGUUUAAAGGGAAUAAUCUGCUUUUUUGUCUUUUGGAGUUGCUGACCCUUGGAGCGUGAAUGUCUUUGCAGAAUCUGGUUAUCUAAAACCUGAGAGCUGAAUCUGAUAAACAUCAAUAAUUAUUUUAAAUGUCUGAAACUCUGCUUAUCCUGUUACAGUUACCUUGUAGCUUUGCAUUGGAAAUAUCUGUUUAAGUGCAGAAGAGCACAAGGCAGGAAGGUUCAAAACUCAGGGUUAAUGUAAUGUUUCCUUACCUCGGUAUUUUCAGUAACAUACAGCUCUCUGAGACUGAGCUGUUUCCUGCACAUAUGCUCCCCAGCUGUCUCUGAUGUUCAAAAACACUUCAGUUGGACUUGGAAUAACUUCCGUUUUCUAACUAUAAUGUUGUUUUCUUUCUCCUUGUGGACCAGAAUUCCUCUUAUUUUGCUUUUACUCAGUUUCUAGGCAUUUACUGAGUGAGAAAUUGUGAGAAUCCAUUCAAAUGAAUGAAUGCACAUUCACAUACUAUUAGCAGAUAAACACAUUUACUUACUGGCUUGUAUGCACCUAUGGCAGGAUUUCAGCACAGUCCUCAGCUCCAGUUAUUGCUGGUUAAUGGAAGAAGCUAAAUUUUCCCUUUCUUCAUGAAGGAGGUAGGAUUUUAAUGUUAUUUGUGCUGCCAUGACGUCAGUGAAGAACCCCAACUCAUACUUUUGCUGAAGAACCCAACGGCUACUGUGGCUUUUCAGGUGUAAAACAAAUCUGUUGGGAAGAGGGAAUGAGUAGCCUCAGAGGAACCUACUCAUCUUCCUAAACUAUCUAACAGAAAUGUAAUGGCAUUAUAGGACCGUGGAGGUGGGAACUGUGACACCUACAUACCUCGUCUGGGACCAUUUAAUACUGUUAGUAGAAGAGCACAGAUCUCAGUGGAAAGCUCUUGACACCGCUUUUGUACUUGAGUAUUAAAGAAACUCAUGGAAUUAUAUCCUCUGUUUUGAUGUCACACUUGUACUGACUGGAAUUUUUCUUCAGUGUCACCCCUUCGUCGUGUUUGCUGGCUGGAGUUUGGAUUUUGUUACAUGAAUGUGCCACAUUCACUGAAGUGAGGAACUUGAGAUUCUGUGUGAGACUUUUCUUCCUUAAAGCCCCCACUUGCUCUCAUCCUUGCUUUCACAGUCUGCUGUGUCAUAGUCUGUCAAUCAGGAAUAAAUUUCCCUUAGGCCUUUGCCCUUUAUGUCCCGUGUAAAUGGUCCCACACCAUUAGAUCCAGGAGAAUCAUGACCAGUACCUGCUUCAGCCCACACAAGAAUCUGCUCAUGGAGCGUGACUAGUUUGGGUCUUAAGCCUUCAACACUGGGCUCUGUAAGGGAGAAAAGGCACAAAUUUGAAAAUUUCACUUAGGUCCAUGAAAAAAGAUUCAUGAUAGCAGAGACAGGUUGGUUGAGAAAGUCAUCAGGGAGUGAGACCACAGGAGUUCUAUUCCUGGGAAGCUGAUGAUGCCCAAGAGCUAAACAGAGAUUCUGCUUCAGUAGAAGUCAACAGCACAACAGGUAUUUUGUCAUGUCAAAGAAAAAUGUAGGGACUGCUCAGGCCUUAAUAUCAUUGAGCUUGGAAAAAUGCUUUUUCCUUCCUUGUGUUCUGUAUGGCUUCAGUACUGUGUCUUCAGAGAAGUCUUUAGAGAAAAUUGUGUCUUCAGAGAAGUGAUACAAACUAAAAUUUCUGUGUUCUCAUCUUUGAUAUUCUUAUCUCACUUCCUGUAUGUCCCUGCCCAUGACAGGGGGGAUUGGGACUAGAUGAUAUUUAAGAUCCCUUCCAACCCCUUAGAACUAUGAUUCUAAUUCUGUUUCUUUGUAUAAAAUUUGGCUGUUCACCUUAAAUAUAUGCAUCAGAAUUAUUAGCAAAAUGUAGUAAUUCUCCCAUAUAUGAGCAUUCUAUUUUACCUUCUCACUUGUACUCUCAUAGAUAACUUUUACUGAAAUGGGUAUUAUGUAUUUCUGAACUUUGCGCUGUAGAAUCAUAGUACUUGUUUCUCCCUCUUACUGAAUUCUUCCUAAAUGUAUGUUAACUAAUGUAAUUAUUAUUGCUGAUGGAAUCAUAGAAUCAUUUGGUUGGAAAAGACCUUUAAGAUCAUCAAAUCCAGCUGUUGCCCCAGCACUACUCUGGGACCAUGUUGGGCCAUGAAGAGUUCACCCAGUUCCUGACUUCCUGUUGAGUUUUCUUUCACUUUUUCAAGUCACAUCGUAAAAACAGUGGAAUUCUGAGGUUUGACUUUGCCAUCCAGAAUUCUCGUUAAGGCCAGUAAUGUGUGAGGUCACUGAGUUGCUGAUACCAACUUUUCUGAUGGUGAUCAAGAACAACUGUGCAUGUUUCUUACAGAGUCCUGGAGAGAUGUGACAGAAUCCACGAGGUUAUUUUAUAUAGUUCCUUAUGCAACAUGGUAAACUUUAGCUGACUUCCUAAGUAACAGUCUGGAAGAUAUCUUGAGCCUGUUACUAUUUUUCUUCUGAAUCUUCUGAUGUGGCUUCAUUAAUUCCUUUUCUCUUUUUUUUUUAAUUUAAUUUUCAGUGCAGAGGCUGUGCUUGUGCAUAUUCUAAGUUUCAGAAGAAUGAAACUUUCCCUCAAGAGGGUGUUAUGCACCUUUUCUCUCUUAGAGCACCUGGAUUAAUUGUUUUAAAAGACAGAAAUACUACACUACAAGGACUUUGGACUGUCCCACCCUGGCAGUGUGUAAAUUCCUAACCUAUGAAAAACCUGCCUACCUGUCCCAUUUCAGUUCCAGCUCUCCUUCCCCUGCAGCUGCCUGGACCUCUGCUAGACCUUAACAGUGUGUAAAAAUACUGUGGCACCACACAGGUAAUGCAUUAGGUUUGAAAAUAAUCUAGACUGGCCCUCUCUAUUGCCACUUCAGCUUUCCAGUGUAAUGAUUUCUGAAAAGUUCACUUACUUAUCUGUGCAGCACUUGACAAACUGUAACAGUUUGUUGACAUUGGGUUUUUUUCCGCAUUUCACUUUUAUUGAUACCCUUUUGUCCUCUACUACUGACAGUACUUGGCAGAGAAUAUCUAUGGGUUUUAUUCUCAAUUAUCCUGGGUCAAACUGUUGUUCCAACCUGGGGUUUUUUUGCAGUAUUCAAAUCAUGUCACGAUAACCCAAGUGGGCUGUGGCUUGUGCUCAUUUCUCCUCAGUACAGGAGCUGACAGUCAGAAAUCCACAUUCUUCCACCAGCCAGCAAUUCUAUCCAGGUCGUAGUGAAGUCUCUGGCGUGAGUCACUUGAGGAUUUUAACCUGACCAAGGAGGUUGGCACAGGGAAGAAGAACUGAAGCUCCUCCCCAAAGAACUAAUAGCAAUACUCUCCAACAGCAAUGAUGUUAAGUACCUUAAGGUAUUCCAUGUCUUAGGGCAGCAAUUUUUUCACCUAAUUCCCCAGCCCAGAUGAUCUCACCCCAGGGUAAGUAUGCAGAUGACUACUCCAGCCAUGUAUAAGUUUGAGUUCUGAUUGCAGCCCUCAUAACAGUAUUAAUAUUAUCUGCCUGUUGUGAUUUCACCACAGCAUUUUUUCAAAUCCAGUGGGGUUAUUUAGGACAUUUUCUGAAAAGAGUUUCAAAACCCACCGGUCAUUUGUCAGAACUUUGCAAAUGAAGUAACAGAGGUUCUUUCUGUUCAAUGUUCUCUUGCCAUUGAAGCUUCUUGCAGGCACUUCCUUGGGCUUACAGCUAAAAGGGGCAAUCAGGAGUUCUAAAAACAAACAUGUUUUGUUUCCUGGCUGGCACAGAGCACACACUCUCCUUCCAUCUCCUGUAGCAGUCUAAAUGCCUGUUUCCUCACGUUCUUUGAGUGGAUGUUUAUACAGGACAUUGAAUAUAAAGUACAAUGGGCUCUGUCUCUGGAGCUGAAAGGCACGUGCACACACUCAUUUCAAUUUAAAUGCUAAAAAUUUCAAAUUAGUUCUCAACAAAAUAUCUUGGUAAGCUAACAGGGAAGGACAGAAGCAUAUGCACAGCACUGUACUGCUGCAAAUGAAAAGCACAAUUUUUAAAAAAUCAGUCCUUGUAACUUCUCUCCCAUCCAGUUACUCUUUGUUCUUACAUUCCUUGGCUGUAAAUUGCUGCUUCAGUUGCCCUCAAGCAUCCAAAAAUCCAGGCUUGUGUGUAACUUCAGUUUUCUUUUUGGCACCAGGACAUUUGAUUUUUGCUAGAUCUCAGCAGAAUGAUUCAUUGUUCGAUUUGUUAAUGGAAUUCACUACUAAUAUUAAUUACUAAUGUUAUGCACUAUGGAAAUAAGAGAGACGUUAUUCUGGUUUGCUUCUUAAAGAGAAGGUCAGUAGUUUUUUUCCCUAAUUUCUCCUUUGGUCUAAUGGUCCUAAUGGUCUUCUAAUGAUGCUCAUCUCUUAAGAAGCUGCAGUUGAUGCAUCCUGGCAAGGCUGUGCUGCAGGAUCUGGGGCAUGUGAAAUACAAGCUGGCAUCUUGUUGCUGGAACGGUUUUACUUUCUAAAUCAAAUGAAUGUGGGCUAAAGCUGCCUGGAAAAAUGCUGCUGGAAUUGUUUCCUCGUCAUGUCAAUAGGCUGGGAAGGACAGCAAGGCCUGCAGAGCUUCCACUUCUGCUGCACUGAAUGCAUUUGGACUCUGGUUUUUGGCAGUUUUUGGUGUCCUUUCCAUCUGCUUUUUUCUGUCCCUGUGAGUAUCUUCCCCCCACCCCCAGUGCUCAUGUCCUCACUGCUGAGGGAGGGCUGUCAGCGAGCACCCAAAUGAAUUUCUAGUGACAGACUUCAAUUAGUGGCGAGGAAACCUCUAGCAUAGGGAGGAUCUGACUUGAGGUUUUUCCUUUGUCUGUGAGUGUCCUCAUUUCAUGCUUCCAAGUCUGACUUUUAUACGGUAAUUCCGUAGGUGUUGCCACUUCCUCCGGAACCUGUGACUCAGGCGCCCUAUAAAUGCCGUGACAUCACCGGCAGCUCCUGUGGAAUUGCCAGUUUCCUAAAUGAGGCUGUUGGCUUCGCUUUUGGGACUUGCAGCUUUGCUUUGAGGGGUUUUUUUGUCGGGGGGAGGGAUUAGGGGUUCUAAUUACUUAAGGCAGCCUUGCCAUUCCAGGGAACCACACUGCGUUUUAGCCUUUUGAAUUGUGGAAAUUGCCAAUGUAGAAGUUUACUUAAAACAGGAGAUCCACAUUCAUAUACCAGUUAUUUAUGAAUGAAAUAAUUGUAAUUAGGCCUUCGUAGAGGUUCUGUUGUUAUAAAUCAGUCUUAAUUCACUCCUGGUUUAGGGAGGGGUGGAGACAAGGGGAGGAAAAGGUCUGAGCAUACUUUUCCAUUGUUUUUUUGGAAGCAAUGAAACAAAAGACAUGUGUUCAUACUACAGAGUGUGAAAUGACUCUCAGCAAGUGUGUAUCUGCAGCACAGCAGAUUCACGGCAGAUUUCAGUGUUUCCUUUCCAGUGACAGUGCUGUGUAAGUCCGUGGCUGGAACAGGAGGAGCUGCAGUAAGUUCUGGUUCUGUGGGGAGUGUCCCUGAAGCCGGCAGGACUCGGGGUGGCAGCAGGAAGGCAGGGGCCACAGGCAGCUCCUGUAGCUGUGUGUCCUUGGCCACGAGCCCCAGCAACGUCACUGCAGGCAGGACCUGGCUGGGGAACUGCUGAGAGAAAUAAUGUCAGGAAUUCUGGUCAUCAGAGGAAUGUGACGAGUUGGAUGUCUGUCUAGGUCAUGUGUUCAUGGUGUUCUUGUACAGGCUGUAAAAGUGUUGGUUUAUUUUUUAUUGUUGGGAGCAAAGGAUCCCCGUCCCUUUGUUUAAAUAGUAGCAUUUUGGAACUCCACAAUAAUUUGUGCAGCAGAGGCUUUAGGUGUGGCCUUUGAUUGUGCUUGGAUCGUGUGGGUUCUCACUGAGCAGGCAGUGCUGUUGUGGUUGUACUUAAGGGAAAACUCAGAGAACAUCCAUGUAUGCAGGGAGGUGGCAUCAGUGGCUACCAUAGAUAAUGGUCUUUCUUCUAAUGAUAUCAGUCCAAAAUUUGGCACUAUUGAGAACUAUGUCAUUAAAGUUAUUUUUCAGAUGACACAUUAAACCAAAGUCCUAAAAGAAAGUUCUAUUAUCUCUUUCUACUUUCUUUCUGAUAAUUUAUUUUCUUUCUUUCUUUUUUUUUUUUUUUUUUUUUUUUUAAUCGUACCUUCCUGAAGUUGCUGUUGAGUUUCCUCUGGGCCCUUCAUUUUCUAAGUUACUUUGUGCAUGCUUUUAACUAAAAACUCUCACUCAAGUUUUACCCAGUGGCCAGUGGCUAUUGGAGCACUAGUUGUUUAUCAUUAUGGGCACUAAGCUGGGAGUGCUUUAAGUGAUAACAUUGCAAUUAUUUGACCACACAAAUAUGAAGACAGUUUUCCCCUAAUUAGAACGUUUGCUGUUUCAUGCCUCUUGCAUGCAGUUGAACACUAUUUGUGGUUUUCCUUGGGGCAGUAGUUGGGAUGAGGGAGCUGUAAAAGCUCCUGCCCCAUGAGCCAUGAUGGAGCAGCUGAUGUCUGAUCACACUCUCCAAACCCCUGGUACCCUCACAUGGCCAGUGCUCCCCAAAAUCCUGGGCUGGGGCAUUCAAUUACUUGCUAACUCUGUUGUGUUGAACAGGAAUUCAGUCGAGUUUAGCAGUCAAAUACUACAAACUCCAGACAGACUUCUUUUAACCACUGGUUUUCAAGGGAGGAAGACAGCAAGUCAGCUGGUGUGUGUCCAGUGUUGCCCUGUGGCUGGACAUACUCUAGUUUCAUUUUCAAAAAUGAUGAUGUCUGUUACUUCAUUUAGUUUCCUGUUGAUAGUAUUUGGCAAUGUCAUUAAGAGAUUCAGAUAGAUAACUUCAUGAUAUCUGAUACUGGAAAAGAAUGUGACUCAAAUGUCACUCGUGUGUACAGAUGCCACGGGGACGUGCAGCAGAACAUGUUUCAGAAUAUGACCAAAAUCCUGGUUUUAAAUUAUUUUGUUGAUGUAGUUGUAGGUGGUUGUGGCUUCAGAAAUUUUGUAAGCCAAAGUGUUAUUGUUAUUUUCCAGCUUUCACGGUUUGGAAUUUUUAAAAACAUUGAUUAUUUAAAGGAACUUUGUCCUCUCCAUAAUAGUCACAUCCAUGGGAAGAUGGAUUGAGGCAGGGGCCUGAGGGGCUGUACUCCAGGCCUCCAGUGAGGCCAAAGAAAAUCUCAGUUUGAGUUAGUUCAGUAGAGACUCUUGCUGAGUAAGGGCCUGGUGCAGUGAGACCAAUCUCCAUGGAGUCAGCUGGGCAAGAGAAUAGUACAGGUUCUAGAGGUGAUAAAGCUUUGUCUCACCUCUGACAUUGUCUGUUAAUGCCUUUUAAUUGAAUUUGGAUAAGUUGCUCAGGUUAGUGGAAUUCAUUUGUGUCAAUUUUUGGAUGCCAAAAUUUGGAUGCUCUGAGCCAGACUUUGAUGGUGUCUUAAACUGGGUUUCAGAAUUCUAAAAGGAGUCUGUUUUGGAAUAUAAAGACAAUCUUACAUUAAGCAUGUAUUUCUAAAACUUAUGUGUGUAAAAGAGGAUGAAAUAAAUCUGUUCUUAAAUUUUAA